AUGUUGAUAGUUCAUAAAGCAACUCUAAAUGUAUCUAGGGCUGCAGUAUCACCAAAAAUUAUAGAAGAUUAUUUUAUACAGCUUCAAAAUUCAACAGUGGGUGUACCUUUAGGUAACAUUGUAAAUUACGAUGAAUCUAACUUAGCUGAUGACCCAGGAAAAAAGAAAGUUUUAGCUAAAAGAGGCGUCAAAUACCCUGAAAGGGUUAUGAACCACACGAAGUCGUCGACGUCACUUAUGUUGGCUGCAUCUGCUGAUGGUAGAUUGUUGCCUUGCUACGUCGUGUACAAAGCUGCCCAUCUUUACAAUACCUGGACUACAAAUGGCCCCCCUAAUUGUCGUUAUAACCGCACUUCCUCAGGCUGGUUUGACGGCAAAAUAUUUGAGGAUUGGGUGGAAACCGUGGCUCUUCCAUACUUUAACAAUAAAACUGGAAAAAAAAAUUUGAUAGGAGAUAACCUUUCUUCACACUUGUCAUUAGAUAUCAUAAAAAAAAGUAAAGAACAGGAUGUACACUUUGUGUUUCUCCCACCAAACUCAACUCACUUAACGCAGCCGCUGGACGUAGCCUUUUUUAGGCCCAUGAAAAAUGCUUGGCGUGAUAUCUUAUUCACAUGGAAAAAAUCUGAAGGACGCGUACUGCCCACAAUACCAAAGAAUGUUUUUCCUAAAUUGCUUAAGAAGAUGUUAGAAAAAAUGGAACCAAAUAUAAAACAAAAUAUUUUAGCUGGAUUUAUGAAAACAGGAAUAAGUCCUCUGAAUAAAGAAAAGGUACUGAAUAGACUGCCAGGAAAUCAUACAAUACAUGAAUUUAGUACGGAAGAAAAAGAAGCAAUUGAUGAAUCAGUUAUGUCAUUAUUGAAAGAAAUGCGAUAUGGAUCGCAAAGUACUAAAACUACUAAUAAAAAGAAACAAAUUAACGUUAUUCCUGGAAAAAGUGUGGAAGGCAGUGACUUCAUAGAGACCGAUAUUUCAAGCGCGUAUGCAGUAUCGAAUAUUGAACCAAACCAACAAUCAAAAAAAAUUGAAAGAGGCCUAAAUACAACCACCAAUAAAAACCCAACAAAUACGGAAAAAGAAAACCUAAUAACACAAGUAACAAAUUUAAAUACUAAAGGAAAAGUCGCCCAAGAACAGCUAAAGAUUACGAAAAUAACUAUUCUUCACAACCAAAGCCUGGUCCAAGUCGAAAGUUAG